AUGAACAACUUGCCUUUCUAUGCCUUCUACACCUUCAUCUCCUUUGUAAGAGCCUGUGUCAUCUUGGGAGUGAUAUUCCUUCUGUCAUCCAUAUGCAUAGUGGUCAAAGCCAUCCAUGAUCUCUCAACUAAGCUGCUACCAGAAGUGGAUGAUUUCCUGUUCAGUGUCUCCAUUUUAAGUGGAAUUCUUUGCAGCGUCCUGGCUGUGUUGAAGUUUAUGCUGGGGAAGGUUCUGACCAGCAGGGCACUCAUAACUGAUGGGUUUAACUCCCUUGUGGGCGGUGUGAUGGGUUUCUCCAUUCUUCUGAGCGCAGAAGUGUUCAAGCAUGAUGCAGCGGUCUGGUACCUGGAUGGCAGCAUAGGCGUGCUGAUCGGCCUCACCAUCUUUGCCUACGGGGUCAAACUCCUCAUCGACAUGGUGCCACGGGUGAGGCAGACACGCCACUAUGAGAUGUUUGAGUGA